AAAUCACAAACCUCUCUCGGCUUUUUACCUUUCUCCGCUCUCCGCUCUCCGCUUCUUCUUCUUCUGCUUCCUCCAUUGUUCUGGAAAUGGCUUCUUUUCUCUCUCAAUAUACUCUUCUGAAGCUUCUCUUUGUCAUUUCUCUGUUUCAAAUCUCUAUAGCUGCUAGGAAUCUGGGUGAGUUGGUUCAAGACCAAUCUCAGCUUUUACACUACCAUAAUGGCCCUCUUCUUUCCGGGAAAAUUUCUGUUAAUCUCAUUUGGUAUGGGAAGUUCAAAUCUUCCCAGAGGGCCAUCAUAUCUGAUUUUGUUAACUCUCUCUCACCUUCAAUGUCGAAAACAGAGCAACCCUCGGUUGCCACGUGGUGGCAGACCACAGAAAAGUACUACCACCUCCUAAAGAAGUCUUCUUCUGCUCUCUCCCUCUACAUGGGAAAGCAGAUUAUUCACCAGGACUACUCGCUUGGGAAGUCCCUCACGACCAGGCAAAUCAUUGAGUUGGCAUCGAAGGGUGAGCAGAAAAACGCCAUUAAUGUCGUUUUGACCUCUUCCGACGUCACUGUUGAAGGGUUUUGCUCGAGCCGAUGUGGGACUCACGGGUCUGCUCUGAGCUCGAUUAAUGGCCGCCAAGGUAACGGGAAAGUCUCCAAGUUCGCUUACAUCUGGGUUGGUAACUCCGAGACUCAGUGUCCGGGUCAAUGCGCCUGGCCAUUCCACCAACCCAUCUACGGGCCACAGACCCCGCCUUUGGUGGCUCCCAACAACGAUGUGGGUCUUGAUGGAAUGGUGAUCAAUUUUGCCAGUCUCUUGGCUGGGACCGCGACCAACCCAUUCGGCAGUGGCUACUAUCAAGGCGCUGCCGAGGCUCCAUUGGAAGCUGCGUCGGCUUGUCCAGGCGUCUAUGGCAAAGGGGCUUAUCCUGGGUAUGCAGGGAACCUGUUGGUGGACUCUGCAACUGGAGCUAGCUACAACGCCAAUGGCUCCACUGGGAGGAAAUACUUGCUUCCUGCUAUUUAUGAUCCUUCCACAUCGUCUUGUUCGACUCUGGUGUAGAAGAUGAUGUAUUGAUUAGUCUCUAGUAGCUUAUAUACAUGGUAAUUCUUUGAUUUUUUUGAUUUGUUUCGCCCAUGCGAAUCAAUAAUAGAAGAGCAAAUUACGUUGGUUUGCUUUCUGAUAAAAAAGAAAAUCUAAAUUGAUGAUUGAUGAACAA